AUGAGCUCCUACUUCUCGUCCUUCACCUCCUCACCGGCCAUCUCCAAUCUGGGGUCCCGGCUCACCAACCUCCGACGCGCCAUCACACUAGGCGACGAGGGCGACGACCCGGACAACGAAGACUGCUCGCACAUCUCCAACGCCCUACGCGCCUACUACACCGAAAAGGGACGUCCAUUCCCAGCAUGGCUCCCUCCCGACCCCAAGGGUCCCGCACCACCGCCUUCGCGCGUCGUCGCAACCACACAGAUCCCCACACCGGGAGCAUACGGGCAGGCACCAGCCGCAGCCCCAUACGGCCGGGGCGGCGGCGGCGGGCUGGGCGAUCUCUGGGGUGAUUCCGGCGACGCAGCACCACCCCCAGUCUCACAGAUAGGAAGUCUCCGGCGUGGCCGCGGCGGGUCGACGGCACCCCCGCUCAUGUCUGCCCACAGCGCCCCGCCAGGCCCGUCGAACUCGUCGUCCUCGCUGCCGACGAUGCACGCGCCGUCGCAUUCUCCCGCCCCGCCUGGCUCUCUGCAUCCCGCGGGCGCUCGUCCGCUGCCUAGCCAGCGUGUUGGCUCGCACCAGUCGGCGCAGACUACGCGCAUGCCCUCGGAGCGAGCGGGAGGGUCGGCGCAAGAGCGGCUGCGUGCUCGCUUGCAUGGUGGCCGGUCUCCGAGUCCAAAUAUUGAUCCCAGUGUGCGCAAGCCUGUUGGUUUGCCUGGAAGGCCGCGGUGA